GCCGACUUUUGUCUCUCUCUUUUCUUUACUACACUAUGAGCACUGAUUUUCAUCCAACCUUUAGUCUACAGAAUACCCUUCCUCGUUUACCAGUUCCUUCAUUAGAAGAAACAUGUGCUCUCUAUUUGAAAACAAUCGUUCCCUUACAAACAAAGGAAGAACAUGAAAAGACAAGACAGAUCGUACAAGAUUUCCUCAAGAGUGAAUUGUCAAAAUCACUUCAACAACGACUCAUUGAUCUUGAUCGAGCUUCUCCUAAUAAUUGGCUGGAAGAUAACUUUUGGUUAAGAAAAGCCUAUUUGGAAUGGAGAGAACCCUUAAUGGUCAAUAGUAAUUGGUAUAUCUUGGGUCAAGAUGAUGCUCAUCAUCCUCCUGAAUUGUUAGCUAAUAAUGGUGUUCAACCUCUGGGACGAUUUUCUCAAUUCCAAGUGAGAAGAGCAGCUCAUAUGAUUCGACGCGGUUUAGAGUAUAAGGAAAUGAUUGAUCAAGAGAAAAUUCCUGCUGAAGUGGUAGGUAAAGGAAAGCAACCUUUGUGUAUGUGGCAGUACAGCCGUAUCUUUUCUGUGACUCGUGUGCCUCUCUAUCACUGCGACACGCUCGUCCAAGCCGACCCUAAGCAUGUUAGACAUAUCACUGUUAUUUUACGCGACCAAGUAUAUGUCUUGAAUGUUUACAAGGAGAUCCAGAAGGAUACUUGGGUUUUGUUAACAACAGAUGAAAUUGAAUGUGCCCUCCUCGCAUUAAUAUCUCAUGUCGAAAGCAAUCCUAAGCCUGCAGCUGCUGUUCCCUUACUUACCUCUUGGCACCGUGACAACUGGACGGUAGCGCGUAAUCAUCUGUUGACACUUGCAGGCAAUCGCGAAAGGCUGACUAAGAUCGAGACCAGUCUUUUCACCGUGUCUCUCGACGACCAUGCCAAUGGAUCCGACAAUCCUUCAUGGACAAAGACACUCUUUUGUGGACACCAAGGAUUGGGUAACGGACAUAACCGCUGGUACGACAAAUCGAUAAAUCUUGUUGUCGAGAGCAACGGUAAAUGCGGAUUUAUGGGUGAGCAUUCCCCCGUGGACGCUCUUAUUGUCAGUUGGAUUUUCGAUCACAUGCUCAAGGAACCUUGUACAGGCCGUGUCACGGCAGAUUGGGUGGACAAGCUACAAAAGCCAACAACAACAGAUAUUGUAUUCGAACAUCUUGAUUUUGCCACAGACCAUCUCAUUAGCAAGUACCUGCGUGAGGCACAGACGGGUGCAGAUGCAACAGCAGCCCUUAGUGACUCGAGUGUGCUUGUAUUUAAGGAGUAUGGCACAAAUUGGGUCAAGAAGGUUGGACGUGUGCCUCCUGAUGCAUUCUAUCAGAUGGUUCUUCAAUUAGCCUAUUAUCGCUUGCACGGCAAAGUGACGGCUACAUACGAAACAGCGGCAACACGCAAAUACCUCAGAGGACGUACCGAGACGAUCCGUACCUGCAGUGUGGACAGUAAAACUUUUGUGGAAGGAUUCGAAAAUACAAAACUAAGCGUACAAGAAAAGUAUAAGCUGCUCGUCAAGGCAACAUCAAGUCAUCGCACUUAUACGCAGAUUGCCAGUGACGGUCAUGGUUGUGAUCGACAUUUGCUUGCCCUUCGACUGUUAAAUGCAGACCAUCAAGUGCGUAAUCAAAAGGGAGAAUUGGUCCAAGCAGAGAUGCAUCCUAUCUUUAAAGAUCCUAUCUUUGCUGAAUCCCAGACCUGGCGUCUGAGUACCAGUGGUCUUCACGCAGGUAUUCGUUUAAUGGGCACUGGCUUUGGUGCUGUUUAUCGAGAUGGAUAUGGUAUCAACUAUAUGGCGGCACCUACUCUUGUCAAGUUUGGUAUCGAGUCUAAACGUGUACCUGAGACAGUAAGCACAGAAGAGUUUAUAAAGACACUUUAUAAGGUGUUGUUAGAUAUCAAAGAUCUUUGUGAACAAGUAAAUAGCAGCAAAGAGAACUCCAAGUUAUAAUACAUUAUAAUUUAUUAUUACUGUUAUUAUGAUUAUGACUAUU